CCGCAGCUCUGCCGGAGCUGCAGCAGUGACACCAGUGAACACCAGUCGUUGCAACCUGAUAUCAUGUCUUGCAUACAUUCAGCGUUAGUCUGAUAGAAAUAUAGAGUAAGAUGUACAUGCAAAGUAAAUUUAAACUUGCAGGCGGCACGCCUUAGAGCCGGCUUUGCUUGGUGAUGGAUGAGCAGGACCAGCUGCGGUCCUUGAUGUUUCUCAUGACUUACGUGCUGCUCAAACGCAGGAGAGACGUAGUCGACGCCAACGUCCAGAGACGCAAUGAGAUCCAGAGACGCAUCCGACACCGCCAGUACUUCUUCCAGAGGCAGAGGAGGAUGCUCAUGAUGAUUGUAGCAGGAGGUAUCCGCUCCAACGUCCGCAUCCGCACACGCCCCUGGACCACCACUCCAAGUACCGACUGGUGGGAGCGGGUGGUGAUGACGGAAUUCCAGCCCUCUGAUUGGCUGGAUAAGUUCCGCAUGAGCAGGGAGACGUUCUUCUACCUGUGUGACAAGCUCAGGCCUCGCCUGGCUCGCCAGGACACCAGCUUCCGCCUGGCGCUGCCGGUGGAGAAGCGCGUAGCCGUGGCUCUGUGGCGUCUGGCAUCCAACAUCGAGUAUCGUACCAUCAGCACCCUGUUCGGUGUGGGGAAGUCCACCGUGUGCAGGUGUGUCAGAGACAUGUGUCACGCCAUCGUGGGGCUGCUCAGCUCCAUCUACCUGCGUCCCCCCAGCGAGCAGGAGCUGGAGGAUUCAGCUCAGCUCUUUCUGUCGUACUGGGGCUUCCCUCACUGUGUUGCUGCCAUAGCAACACUCCACACAGCUAUCAUCACCCCUUCAAGCAACGCAUCGGACUAUGCCAACCCUGCCGGCUGGCUCUCUGUGCUUUCUCAGGUGGCUGUGAGCGGCAGGGGCCACUUCUGGGAUGUGUGCGCCAGUUUCCCGGGAGGGACGGAUCCAGCAGACAUCCUACAGAACUCUUCACUCUGGGCCACGGCUGCAGAGGGCGGACUGUCACCUGACUCAACACCUUUCUUCAUGGGAAGAUCACUCAGGUACGUGUUAGUGGGAGAGGAGUGCUAUCCCCUUCAGAGCUGGUUGAUUAAGGCCUAUCCUGAGGACAGGAGCCGGAAGGCGGGUCGCGCAACGCUGACGGCGCCGCAGCAGACGUUCAAUCAGCAGCUCAGCAAAGCGCAGCGGGUGUCCGAAGAGGCCCUGCUGAGGCUGAGGGCGCGGUGGCAGUGCCUGAGCAAGAGGAACGACUGUGGACUGGACGUGGUGCCCACAAUGAUCCUGGCCUGCUGCAUUCUGCACAACAUGUGCGAGUCCCACGGGGACGCCUUCAAGGCCGAGUGGCAGGAGGAGGUGGCGGAGGCAGAGAGCCCCCAGCCCAAGCACAGGCCUCUCCUCUCAACCAGCAUGGACCAAAGCAACGCAGAGGAGGUCAGAGGCCUCUUCUGUGACUACUUCCAGCAGUAAAGUGCUUGACUUUAAUCCUAUGGUUUCGGUUUAGGCCUCAGUGACUGUAUUUACACCACACAGUUGAAGUGACCCAAGUUCUUUUUUUUUUCUUGUUUUAAUUCCUCUCCAAAUGGGUAAAGAAUUAGCCAUCAAGACCAGCAGUGUAAACACAGCCAGUGUGUCAGUUAUCCAUCCUAUCCAGUGUUAACAUGUGUAUAAAGCCAUAGAUCUGUCACAGUUAAGUUGAGCAUCUGUUUCAUUCUCUUCAUUUAACAACACUGCUCUUCUCUCUCCAUUUCAUUGUUUUUUUUCUGUGCGUGAUGGUUUCAAGCUGCAGGGACAACAGUUUUCCACACAGAACUGUGGUCAUUAUAAUAUGUUAAAAAUAUUGUUCAGCACUGUAUUACUGAAAUAAACAGGGCCUUACAUUGGGGAAAAUAAGUGUUUGGACAGGGGGGCUGUCUAACCUGCAGAUGUGGAUUCAGCGGGGGACAGAAGGGUUCCUGAGAUCGUGCUGUGAUUUCCACUGAAUUAGGUCUCACUGACUUUUGAUCGGCGCAGCCGCAGCCUGAGGAGCUGAAUCCAUCCACUACUUGGAAGACACGAAGCUCUCCAUCUUCUUAAAGACUCUUGACAAUGUUGCAGAGUUUUAAAGCAACCUUUUAGGUGUUCAGAACCCAUCAUUGAAGGGUUUUCUGCAUUCAAUGGCAAUGAAUCUGAUCUUGUCUCUUCAUCUAAGUCACAAAAGUAGACAAAAGCAAUGUGUUUAAGCUGAUGAUACAGAAUUAUUUAUUUUGUCUUUAUUGAGCACACAAACACACAUUAAACGUUCACAGAGCUGGAGGAAAAGUAAAUGAACCCUUGGAGUUAAUGGCUGAUCGAAUCUACAGGCAUUACCUCCACAGCAUUUAAAAGGAUUUUUUUUCUCUAUUCCUCUUUACAGAAGCUUGUGUCACUUGUUGGAUGGCUGGCGUGAACAUCUCUCCUGAGGUUAUUUAACAGCAUUUCCACAGGGUUAUGGUCAACACUCUGACUAGGACCACCAAACAACCAUAUACUCAAAUUCACUCCUAUGUGCAAUUUAAAAAUACCGUAUUUUUCGCACUAUAAGGCGCACCGCAUUAUAAGGCGCACAUUCAAUGAAUGACGUAUUAAAACCUUUCCAUAUAUAAGGCACAACGCAUUAUAAGGCGCUACAGUAGAGGCUGGGGUUACGUUCUGCAUCCAGAUUAGACCAAGGGUCGGCAACCCGCAGCUCUGGAGCCGCAUGUGGCUCUUUCAUCCUUCAUCCUAUUUCCUCCAAGUGGCUUGGGAAAAUAAAUUACAAAAAAUUGAAGUGUAUUUUAUUUGUGUUAGUUAUUUAAUAUUUUAGUUCUAAAUUGGAAGAUUAUUGUGAUCUUGACAUAUUAGAAUAAAUAUAUUUUAUUGUUUUUCGUUGCUCUAAAUAAAUGUCGCCAAAGCCGGUAUACCCGCCAAAAUGCCAUCCAUUCGUCGCGACUUUCAACCCCAGCAAGGCCAAGUAUGGAGAAAUGUAAGAAAAGAGAAAUAUCUGAAGAAAAUGGAACAUUCAAUGAUGCCUGGGCAGAUUCAUUUGCAUUUACCUCUGAUGAGAGUGGCCUACCAGUAGGACCAAUUUGUGGAGAAAAACUGUCUAACAAUAAAUGGUCAAAUGUCGCAAGACAUUUCAACAAUGAAUGACGUGUUUUAAAACUUUUUCCAUAUAUAAGGUGCACCGCAUUAUAAGGCGCAUGG